UGUAGAGGAAGUAGUUCGCCAGUCGCCCAGUCUCCCAGCCAGACCUCUCCGCAAGGUGCCUACCUGCCUGGCCGCUGCCGUCCAACGCGGCAACUUUGCCCCGAAGACACCCGCCCUUCUUCCGGGUCAUUGACCAAACCUCCCUUCCGGGGAUACCAGCCAGUUGAAUUCGGCCAUGGCGACCAGCGCGAAGAGAAAGCAAGAGGAGACACAUCUGAAGAUGCUCCGGGAAAUGACUAGCCUUUCUGCGAAUAGGAAAUGCUUCGAUUGUGACCAGCGCGGCCCGACUUAUGUCAACAUGACAGUGGGCUCCUUCGUGUGCACUACCUGCUCUGGCAUCUUGCGUGGGCUGAACCCCCCACACAGAGUGAAGUCCAUCUCCAUGACCACGUUCACGCAGCAAGAAAUUGAGUUCCUACAGAAACACAGCAAUGAGGUCUGUAAACACAUCUGGUUGGGCCUCUACGAUGACAGGACAUCAGUUGUUCCAGAUUUCCGAGAGCCACAGAAAGUAAAAGAGUUCCUCCAGGAAAAAUAUGAAAAGAAAAGAUGGUAUGUGCCUCCAGACCAGGCAAGGGCGGUUGCCAGUGUCCAGGCAUCGGUGUCUGGCUCUUCAGCCAGCAGCACUGGUAGUACCCCAGAAGUACAGCCUCUAAAGACCUUGCAGCUCAAUAAGACCCCACUUCGCCAGUCCCCUGGGUUAGGUCGCUCCCAGGCACACAUCACAGCCCAAGAGAAGAAGUUCGACCUGCUGUCAGACCUGGGAGGUGACAUCUUUGCUGCCCCGCCUGCACAGGCCGCCAGCUCCACCAACUUUGCCAACUUUGCACAUUUUCAAAACCAAUCAGCACCUCAGGGUCACACAGCCACCAACUUUGCCAACUUUGACGCAUUUGGAAACACUGCAAUUCCAUCCCAUCUGAGCACGUCACCCCCCUCAAAGUCCUUUUCUACAGGAGGAGGUGUGCCAAUCCCGUCUAUGUCGAGUGCUGUCCCUACCCAGUCCCAAACCGGGAGCUGCUCCGAGGAUCGCUACGCUGCGCUGGCUGAGUUGGACAACAAGCUAAGCUCCUCUGCAGGCAGCAAUGUGCAAGGGAAUAUAUUUGGUCCGGUUCUCAGCUCAUCCCCAGCCCAGAAUCCACCUGUUUUACCCAGCAUGCAGCCUGGCUAUGGAGGUGUCCCUUCCACAAAUCCCUUUGUUGCUGCAGCUGUUGCCUCCGAGAUGGCGACCAACCCUUUCCAAGCCAAUGGCAGAGCUCCAGCUGCAGCCUCAUUUGGUACUGGCUCUAUGAGCAUGCCCGCUGGCUUUGGGAAUGCGUCUUCAUACUGCCUUCCGACCAGUUUCAGUGGAAACUUCCAGCAGCAAUUCCCUGGCCAGGCCCCCAUCCCUUAUUCUCAACCCGGGGCCUACCAACCUCAGUCCAAUGGCCCUGCAUUCCCAGUCUAUGGUCCAAACAAGCCCUCCAUGACGCCUUUUGGUCAGCCAAUGGCUGCUCCUGGCAUGUCCAAUAACCCCUUCAUGGCGGGAGCCCCUUCCGGACCCUUCUCUUCAGGGGGUUCCUCCACCAACCCAUUCCUGUAGCACAACUCCCAGUCCUCACCACUAGAGGGCAGCAUGCAGCACAUAGUCAACGCACCGUUCCGUCACGCUAUUAGUGGCAGUACAUUUCUUACAAAAAGUCUUUUUUCCACAAAAAAGUUUACACUAUGAAGGAGUACAAAGGACUUUAUUGAAGACUAAGGGACUGUUAGGGGGAAAAUGUACUGUUUGGACUAUAUACAAGACAUUAUAUGCUUUUUAUUAUUUGUUUAUGACUGUAAGCUGUGUGCAUAUCAUCAUUUGUAAUCACAUUUACAUAUAUGUUGUGUAUAACAAGGAAUUAACAAAGGUGAGUAGACACCUUGUGCGAAAACCACUACACGCUAUUGUAAGUAAGGGUUUACAGUUUAUUUCUACACGGUUCUAUAUAAAACCACGAAUCUGGGGGUUGGCCCAACCACCAUUGAGAUUCAGGUAUUUCAUUUCAAAAGGGAUUGUUUUGUUUUGUUUUGUUCUUUUAGCAUAAAUGCUACUACUGGCACUUAGACCCAUAUUGUCCAUGAAUAGCCUUCACAACCAGAGUUAAAGUUACCUGUAACCAAAAAAAAUCAUGUUGUGCUAAAUCAAUGUAACGUCGUAUGCAGUUUGGAUGGCAUGCUGUAAUGCCACCAUCUAACAAUUGUGCAACCAAAUGUCAUCAGCUUAAUUUUAGCUGGAAACCAAGGUCAGAUAUAGUAAAUGCCACUGCGCGUGGACGUGUGCUAGAUAAUUCAGUCAAGUCACAAGAUGAUUUUGAUGGAACUGUGCAGAAUGAUCCAAAUAAUCUCCCUUGUUGAGGGUGUCAGAUGAGCAGGUCUCAAAUGUUCACAAUGAACAGCGAUAAGCUUCGGCGUUGCUACAAGCACUGAAUUUGCUCGAUCGAAUCAAGGCCUCUUCAUUACUGGAUGACUUUGACUCUGGACAUGGGUUAGGUCCCCAUUUGUGCCGCUAGUGACUAACAAUGAACAUGUGUUUCUUGUCUUUGCAAGAAUAGUUACAUCCAUGUGUACAUAUAUAAAUAUAUGUAUAAAUAAAUUAAAAGAUUUUUAAA